UCCGCCUCGCUCUCUCCCCCGGCCGGCCGGCGCCCGGCCAUGCAGUCGCGGGUGGCGUGGCUCGGCGGCGGCGGCGGCGGCGGCGCGGCCAGGCGGGUCCGGCUGCUCCUGCAGCACGUGGCGGCGCGGCGGAGAGCGGUGCACGGCGGCGGGGGCGGCGGCGCAGGUGAUACAGUGACCAUUGGCAACGUGUCAUUCAAACUCAAAGUGCCAAAGAAUCCAGAACUUGUCCCGGGGAACUACAUUUCAGACUCUCCGGCUCAAUCUGUUAUCCAGCAUCUGAGAUGGAUUAUGCAAAAAGACCUUUUGGGCCAAGAUGUCUUCCUCAUAGGACCCCCUGGGCCUCUGCGACGAUCUAUAGCUAUGCAGUAUUUGGAGCUGACCAAGCGAGAGGUGGAGUACUUUGCCCUAUCCAGGGACACAACAGAAACUGACCUCAAACAGCGGAGAGAGAUCCGGGCAGGCACCGCCUACUACGUUGAUCAGUGUGCAGUCCGUGCAGCCACAGAAGGUAGAAUCCUGGUUCUGGAAGGCUUGGAGAAGGCGGAGCGGAAUGUCUUGCCAGUGUUGAACAAUUUGUUGGAGAACAGGGAAAUGCAGCUUGAAGAUGGCCGUUUCCUCGUGUCAGCAGAACAUUAUGACAAACUGCUGAAGGAACAUGAGAAAGCAGAUCUGGAUGCUUGGAAAAUUGUUCGAGUCAGUGAAGACUUCAGAGUGAUUGCUCUGGGCCUCCCUGUACCUAGAUAUUUGGGUAACCCACUAGACCCACCUCUUCGAUCUAGAUUUCAAGCUAGAGAUGUUUACCACCUUCCCUUUAAGGAUCAUCUUGCGCAGUUAUAUUUUAUUGGCUCUAAUGUUGCAACGGAGAGAAUUUCGCAGCUUUUGUCCUUUGCGACAACUCUUUGCACCCAAGAAUCUUCUGCAUUGGGGCUUCCUGAUUUUCCUUUAGAUAGCUUAUCGUCUGCUGUGAAGAUUCUGAACUCUUUCCCUAUGAUAUCAAUCCAGCACAUAAUCCAGUGGCUUUAUCCAUAUGAGGUUCUGCUAAGCAAGGAAGGCAAGACAGCAGUAGAAGAUGCAUUGAAAAGAUUUGAGCUGCAGGAUUCAGCAAAACCUUCGCUUCCUACCAGAGUUAUGCAUGUUGGAAAGAGAGAGAAUGACCAGAUCUUCCAGGCUGACGUGACAGUCCACAUAGCUGGGAAAGAUGUGACCUUUCAGGUUCCUGCUGGGACUGAGCCAACACAUUUGCGUUCUAGGCCAGAGGAUUUUAUCAGGACUUCCAGCCAUGAACAGCUGCUGGCAGAAAUGAUGCUGUCUCAUAUGGUCAAAGAUAUCUGCCUGAUUGGAGAAAAAGGCUGUGGUAAAACAGUGGUUGCUCAGGAAUUUUCAGCUGCCUUAGGAUACAGCACAGAACCUUUCAUGCUCUACCAGGAUUUGACUGCCCGAGACCUGCUGCAACAAAGGUACACUCUCCCUGAUGGAGACACCGCUUGGAGACCUUCCCCACUGAUAACAGCUGCCCUGGAAGGGAAGCUGGUUGUUCUUGACGGCAUUCACCGUGUCAAUCCAGGCACUCUAGCUGUCCUCCAGAGAUUAAUUCACGAUCGAGAGAUCACCCUGUAUGAUGGUACAAAGUUGCUCAGGCAAGAUAGAUAUGAAAAGUUAAAAGAAGAACUGCACCUCUCAGAUGAAAACCUGAAGCAAAGGUCUAUUUACCCCAUCCACCCUUCCUUUCGAAUAAUUGGCUUAGCUGAGCCGCCAGUUGCCGGAAGCGCUACUCAGCAGUGGCUGGUCCCAGAGCUCUUAACGCUUUUCCUUUUCCAUUACAUGAAGCCUCUGAGCAAGAGUGAAGAAAUUGAAGUUAUUAAAGAGAAGGUCCCAAAUGUGCCCAGUGCUGCAGUGGAGCAGCUGUUGAAGUUAACGCACAAACUCCGCGAGACACCGGACCCCCAAGCCCAGUCAUUGGCAUCAUCCUUGUCUACACGGCAGCUCCUGAGAAUUUGUCGGCGACUGUCUCAUUACCCAGAUGAGAGCCUCUAUCAUGCUAUAAAUAAAGCUUGCCUUUCCAGGUUUUUACCCAACCUUGCAGCAUCUGCUUUACAUAAAAAUCUGCUGGACUGUGGAAUUCCCACAAGCCCCACCGAUACUGAAAAAACGGACGAAAAGGCUUUUAGUUGUGAAGUCAGCUCAGGAAUCCUAAGGAUUGGAGCAGCUGCCAUCCCAGUCCACAAUCCCAGUGAAAGGAUGAAGGUGCCCGAUGUGCUGUUCUAUGAAAACGCGCAGCAUAUGAUGGUGAUGGAAGAUAUGCUAAAAGACUUCUUACUUGGGGAGCAUCUUCUGUUAGUUGGCAACCAGGGCGUGGGGAAAAACAAGGUUGUUGACAGAUUCCUUCACCUAUUAAACAGACCAAGAGAAUAUUUGCAGCUGCAUAGAGAUACCACCGUACAAAGUCUUACGCUGCAGCCUUCUGUUAAAGACGGCCUUAUUGUGUAUGAAGAUUCUCCACUCGUGAAAGCUGUCAAGUUGGGCCAUAUUUUAGUUAUUGAUGAGGCGGACAAGGCACCAACCAAUGUCACCUGCAUUUUAAAAACUUUAGUGGAAAGUGGAGAAAUGAUUCUGUCAGAUGGACGGCGCCUUGUUGCCAAUCCUGCUAGUGUAAAUGGGAGAGAGAAUGUAAUUGUCAUUCAUCCUGAUUUUAGGAUGAUCGUCUUAGCCAACAGACCUGGAUUUCCUUUCUUGGGUAACGACUUUUUUGGAACACUGGGAGAUAUCUUCAGCUGCCAUGCAGUUGAUAACCCUAAACCAAGCUCGGAGCUUGCAAUGCUCCGGCAAUAUGGGCCAGAGGUUCCCGAGCCAGUCCUGCAGAAACUGGUGGCUGCUUUUGGCGAGCUCAGAAGCUUGGCCGACCAAGGAGUAAUAAACUACCCUUAUUCCACUCGAGAAGUAGUAAAUAUAGUAAAGCAUCUGCAGAAAUUUCCAGCGGAAGGACUUGCGAAUGUUGUUCGGAAUGUCUUUGAUUUUGACUCCUACAAUAAUGAAAUGCGUGAGAUUUUAAUUAGGAUUUUACACAAACAUGGGAUACCGAUUGGAGCCAAGCCAACCAGUAUACAGCUUGCCAAGGAGUUUCCACUGCCGGAUCCAAAAUUUAUGGGCUACUGGAAAGUGAACCAGUUGGGCAGUUCAGGCCAGAAACUUUUGUGCCCAACUGAAACACAUCGCAUAGAUGUAAAGGGUCCAAUGUACUUAAAUGUGCAGGCAUUUCCCAUGGAGAGGCACGAAGCCAGGUCCCUGAGCUUUACAGAAGAACGUGCGUUUUGGUCUCUGCCUUUGAGUGAAGUUAAUUUAGUGUGCGAUAUUGCUGUGACACAAGAGAAUGAAACUGAAAACUCUCUUUUUGUGGCAACUUGCAAUCCAGUAUCGUUAUACUUUAUGGGUAUAUCUGAUACAAAUGGAUACUAUGUGGAUUUGUAUGAUAUCUUCCCAAGAACAGUUGGUAGCAUAUGGCAACCUCUUGUGACUGUGGCACCUCUGGGAAAUCCGCUCCGAGGACAAGUCGUUCUGCAUGAAGAGCAGAGCAAUGCCAUUCUGUUGUUGGACACCAACACUCAGACCAUACGCCAACUUCUACUGUCUCCAGACAUGCACAAGUCUCCUAAAAGGAUAUCCUGGUGGGGCAGCAAGGAGGAGGUGAGGAGUCAUAAAAUGUGCAAAGAGUUUUCACACAAAAACUGGCUCGUGUUCUACAGAGAAGAAGGGAGCCGCCUUGUUGUUCUUGAUGUCCUGGAGGGGCACGCUCACACCAUCUCACUGCCCAUCAAACUCAAGUCGGUCUUUUUGGUGGCUGAAGACCACUGGCUCCUGGUGGAAAGCAAGACAAAUCAAAAAUAUCUUUUGACAAAGCCUGCAUGCAUGGAAUCCGAAGAGAAUCAAGUUUGCCAGUUACGUGCUGUGAGUGAGGAGCCAGUGGAGACUGGAUUUGGAGUCACAACAGCUUCGGAACUGAUUGAGCCACAGGCUGUUUCCAGCGACCAGCUGUCUUUUGAGAACCUGAGUGUGGCAAUUGGGCAGAAGAUCAGCGCACCCAACAGGAUAAUCUCUGAUGAACUAAAUUACGCCACUCUCGUUGUUGGCUUUCCAGAUCUCACGUCCUCCAAUGAGGUCUACAGCUGGAAGAGAAGCUCCAUGCUGGACAAGAGGCAGCCUUUGCCUUCUGAUCCACUUUACUAUGGAAGACCCACCAAGGGCAGAGCAGCGAAGCGAACCAACUGUGUGACUCUUGCGGCUGCCAAUCAGGUGGUCAGAGUUUUGGCUCCUGGAGAUGUGCCUCUUAAAGAACUUUAUGCCAAAGAUGUCACGCCUCCACAGACUGCUGGUUAUUUGGAAAUAACAGAUCUUAUGAUAAAGAAGCUUAAAUACAUACCUAUUCCCAGAUCAACAUCCCUGACUCCCUAUACUUCCUGGCUGUCCAUGAUUUCUGACACGGACGUCCUCUUGGCAAAGCUUGGCGAUGCCGGUGUGGUUACUGUGGAUAUGGGAGGCAAUGUCAGGCUCUGGGAAACUAGCUUUGAAAGCCUUCAGAAAUCCCUUCAGGAAUGGAGAAACAUGAUUGGACAAGAGGAUGGCAGACCUGUGCAGAUAACCAUCCAACGAGACAGUGGCUUGGAUGUUAGUUCUCCAAAGCAUGGGAAGAUAGAUCCAGACAAUACUCCUCAUGUUGGUGGAAACACCUGGGCUGGUGGGACAGGUGGGAGAGACACUGCUGGCCUGGGGGGCAAAGGGGGACCAUACCGGCUGGAUGCUGGUCACAAGGUGUACCAAGUAUCACAGGCCGAGAAAGAUGCUGUGCCUGAAGAGGUGAAAAGAGCGGCCAGAGAGAUGGGUGAAAAGGCUUUCAAGCAGAGGCUAAAGGAGAUCCGGAUGAGUGAAUAUGAUGCAUCUACAUAUGAGAGGUUCUCUGGAGCCGUUCGACGGCAAGUGCACUUGCUCCGGGUCAUCCUGGAUAGUCUACAGGCCAAGGGGAAGGAAAGACAGUGGUUAAGACACCAGGCAGUUGGAGAACUAGAUGAUACCAAAAUAAUUGAUAGUUUGACGGGUGAAAAAGCCAUCUACAAGCGACGUGGAGAACUUGACCCGCAACUUGGGAGCCCUCAACAGAAGCCCAAACGCCUCCGCCUGGUCAUGGAUGUCUCUGGCAGCAUGUAUCACUUCAAUGGAGUCGACGGGCGGCUGGAACGUUCCAUGGAAGCUGCCUGCAUGGUGAUGGAAGCAUUCGAGAAUUACGAGAACAAGUUUAAGUAUGACAUCACUGGCCAUUCUGGAGAUGGUUUCAACAUUGCUUUGGUCAAUAGCGAAAAAGUCCCAAAGAACAAUAAGGAAAGAUUAGAAGUUUUGAAGAUCAUGCACGCCCAUGCCCAGUUCUGUAUGAGCGGAGACCAUACCCUAGAAGGCACGGAGCAUGCGAUCCGGGAGAUAGCCAAGGAGGAGGCCGACGAAUACUUUGUCAUCGUCUUAAGCGACGCCAACCUGGAGCGGUAUGGAAUUCCUCCAGCAAGGCUUGCCCAGGCCUUGACCAUCAACCCUCAAGUGAAUGCCUUCACUAUAUUUAUUGGGUCCUUGGGGAACCAAGCAGGCAGAUUGCAGAGGACGCUGCCGGCAGGACGGGCUUUUAUUGCCAUGGACACUAAAGAAAUACCGCAGAUUCUGCAGCAGAUUUUCACUUCUACCAUGCUGUCAAGCUCCUAGAAAUAACUGGACAGUUGAGUACGGGAAGCAGCUCUGAAGGAUCAGGAAGAUGGUCUUAUGAUAGGACAAUCAUGUAAUGAUGUUUUAUAUAGAAAUAAAUAUUGCAUUUGAAUGAA